ACCUCCCUUAAAAACACCACAAAAGCGGGAGACGUUAAUGAAUGCAAGGCGCAGUCUCAGACCGAGUGAGAGAGAGAGAAAGAAAGGAAAGGAAGCAGGGAAAGAGAGGGAAGGAUGAGUACAAAUGGGGUUUAGGGAGUGAUUGGUUCCUGAGAAAGAGCUUUUCCUUUUUUCCCCUGUUUGGUGAUAGAGAGAGCGUUGAACGGGGUUGAGGGCAACUCUAGAUUUGUACUUGCAGUAGACGAUAGAGCAAAUCAAAUCCCAAAAACAAACAAAAAUGACGGGGGUUGUGCAGCAGGAGGCUCGCCUCGAGAAGCAGAUAGAGAAGCAAAUGGGUUGCAUGGCUGGCUUCCUUCAGAUCUUUGAUCGCCAUCAGAUUCUCGCCGGCAAACGCCUCUACUCCAACAAACGCCUUCCUGCAUCGGCGGUUGCUGAUUCGGCUCCGGAACUGGAGAAGACGACGAUGGAUUCUCCUGCGAAAAAAUUGUCCCCGGAAUCGGAGAAGCAGCAACGGCAGUUUGAAUCUAGAUCAAUGCCUUCCCCGGACAAGUUCAAGCAAUCCCCGGCGGUUGUGCCGGAGCCCCCACGGUCCCCGGCUCCGGAAGCUUCGCCUCCCGGCGAUGCUCCUCCUUCCAAAUCGCCACUUCCUCUCCCUGUGUUCGAUAGAACAAAGUCGUCGUGGAAAUUUAACAAAGAGGCUCCGAGGCUUUCACUAGACAGCAGAGCGACAGUCGAUGCCAAAGGACGACUCAAGCCCAGAGAGCUCCGAACAACCGCAGCAAUGCAAUCGGCGAAAAAUCGAGACAAGGACGGCGGCGAAGAGGCGGACGACAGCGAGAAGCAACAGAACCGAUCACCGAGCGUGAUUGCCAAAUUGAUGGGGCUGGAACGUCUGCCUGAAUCUGAUCUAGAGCCGGCGGAGAAGCAACCCGAAUUAAGGAGAUCCGCAUCGGAGUCGAGAGCGAACAGAGAUCUCCUCCAGUACCGAUUCAUUGACGGCGUUAAUUUCCAGCUGAAGCAGUCAGCGCAGUCGCAGCACCAUCAAAAUCUGCAGCAGAACAGUGCGGCCAGAGAUUCUGCGGCGAAGGUUCCGAAAGAGUACAAUGCUGUACGGCACGGCAGAGCCGAAACAGUAGCGAGACAGCCAAACAGAGGAAUUGCGCAGAGGAAGAGCUUUUUCGACUCUGCCGAUUUCUUUCCGGAGCCGAAGCAGACCGUUUGCAUAUACGGCGAGAUCGAGAAGAGGCUCCGAAUGAGAGGGAUCGAUGAGCCUUCGAAAGAUCUCGAAACUCUCAAGCAAAUCCUGGAGGCUCUGCAGCUGAAAGGCCUGCUGCAUUCGAAGAAGCCGCCGCCCCUGGCGAACCAAAUCGGCGGCCGGAACUUCGUGUACGACGGAGGCUUCGAAGAUUCGCCAAUCGUUGUGAUGAAGCCAACCAGAUCGACCUCACCUAGAAACCGGGGAACAAUCGGCAGCGAUUCUCCGCCAGCGAGUUUCAGAGCGAGAUACGGCCUCCGGCGAGAUUCCAGUUUCUCCAGCGAGCCUUCGCCGGCGGUCAGCCCCAGGCGGGAUCGGCCGGAGAUCGAAAGGAACGCGCGGAGCAACGCCAGAGGUAGGAAUUCCAGUUCGCCGACGCGAAGCGAGAGCGGCGCCAAGAGUCCGUUGAGGAGGAGACCGUUGAGCGUUGAAACGCAGAGGAGAAUCGGGAACGAUUCGGUUCAGCAGAGACGCGUAUCUCCCGUUCAGUCUCCGAAGAUGGCGUCGAGAAGAACCGGACCGGAGCAGACGACCAAUCAAUCGCCGAGGAACAGGAGAAGGCUGGCGGCGGAAGAUGAAUCAUCCACCGUUUCAGAGAGCAGCUUGAUCAGCUCCACUUCCCAUUCCGACGCCGGCGAGAGGCCGAAGGCGGCAGAGGAACACAGAGAAGGCAGAGAUAUACUGGAGAGAUGCGACAAGCUGCUCAACAGCAUUGCAGAGAUGAACGCCGAGUUGCAGCCGAGUCCGGUUUCGGUUCUGGACUCGUCGUUCUACAAGGAGGAAUCUUCGCCUUCCCCCGUGAUGAAACGGAACGUCGAUUUCAAAGGUCAAUAUCUAACGGAAUCAGACGAAGACACAUGGAGCCCGGCGGCAGCAGCAGCAGCUGGUGAGUCCGAAGACUGCGAGUUCACGUACGUCUCCGACGUCCUCCGCGCUUCCAGUUACCUACCGGAAGACUCCGACGUGUUCCUGCUGCUGGAGAAACAGCAGUACCUCCGAGGGAAAGACACCUCCAAGAGUUCUAGACUGCAGAGGAGGCUCAUCUUCGACACCAUCAACGAAAUCCUCGAGAAGAAGAGACAACUGCCUCCAUGGAAGGCCGUUGCUUCCUCCACCAGCAGCUCAUCAGCGAAGAGCCAGCAAGCAGCGUCCCUGAACCAAAUAUGGUCGGAGUUCCAGAGGAUGCAGGCGAGGGAAUCGUCGCCGUCGUCGGCGGAGGACUUGUUCGAGGUGAUCUGCGGCGUGCUGAGGAAGGACCUGGCAGGGGAUGCGGUGAACGGAUGGGCGGAUUCCCCUGUUGAGAUGUCGGAAGCGGUGUUGGACAUCGAGAGGCUAAUUUUCAAGGAUUUGAUCGGCGAGACCAUCCGGGACGUGGCUGCUUUUGCCGGCAAAUGUGCUCAACCGGCCUUGGCCUCCCUCCCCCGCCGGAAGUUGGUUUUCUGAAAGAAAAUGAUGCCUCGGGCGGCGGACCGUACUAAGGUUUAUUGCUUUCUGGAUUAAUUAGUUAGUUAAUUAAAUUAAAUAGCGCUUUCCUUGUGGGGAGGAGGGUCGGGCCCCAAGGCAAAUCUAACGGCUCGCUCUUCCCAUGUGUAGACUCAUAAAGAGAGGAGGAGGAAAUGGGAAAGAGUGGAUAAACCCCGCAGAUUAAUUUAAUGAUGAUUUACCACUUAACUAGUUGGUUAGUAAUUAAUUAAUUGAUGUUAGCUGGUGUGUUGUGUGUUUUAGAUGUAAUGCUGUAUUGAAAGCACAAGUUGCGUUUGCUGAUAAAGAAAGCAAAGCCAAUUAGCUCUCUCUUUUUGGUAACAUGGGUUUUUUUUUUUGUGUGUGUGUGCAUAAGUUAGUAACAAUAACAAUAGUAAUAGCGUGGUAGAGAGAGAGCAAUGAUUGCAGGAAAAAAUUGUGGAAAGGUUAUGGUCAACAGGGAGGGGGUGUGGGGGUUCUGAGUGAGUUAUUGGGAAGGUGGCAGAAAGUGUUGGUCACGUUGGGUGUUGGGUGGGGAAUGGGGCAGAUGGUGUCAUCAUGGCAUCAGCUGCAGGUGCAGGGUCCAGGAAAUUUUUGGCUUUGGCCGCUGCUGCGCUUCAAUUUUCAAGGUUUCACUUUCCCACUUUACAUCGCAUGCCAUGUGGUAGUGUUUUGUUUCUGUUCACGUCACGACUAUUCUUUGGCUUGGCUGGUCCAUUGCCGAUGAAUGAUGAUGAUUAUAGCAGAAAGGAGCAUCAAUUUGGCCCCCAAUUCAGUUACAACCCAAGAAAAGUCUUUGCCUUAGCCUUCCUUCUCCG